AUGGACGACGAGCAUGAGCGACGCAAUGGCAAGACUCCAGAAGAGCAUUGGGGUGCACAGGACUCCUUGAAGCGUAAUGCCAGUCUGCGCAAGACGAAGGGCACAGGCGAUGAUAAUGAAGCGACUCCAUUGCUGGGCAAUGGGAACGGAGGUAGUGGAAGUGGAAGUGGAAGCAAUGGUGUUAGAAGUGGUUCAGUUGAUAAUGGCAGUUCUACAGAGCUGGAAUGGGAUGGUCUUGCGGACUUUGAAGGUUUGCCCUGGUGGCGGAAACCAUCUGUUGGCUGGCUGAUAAUACCUUUCUUCCUCUUCGCCCUCGCAGUUGGUGGCAUCCUCGUCCCGAAACUCAACCUUAUCAAGUCUCUUGUCUGUAGAGAAUACUUCAUCGAGCAGUCCGCCCUCCAGCCCUCCCUCAUCUUCGGACCCAUCAUCCUCGGCGACGAUAACCCUCAAUGCGAGAUUCCUGCAGUCCAAAAGCUGGUCACAAGGUUCACGCUAUAUAUGACCAUACUCACUGGUGGACUAAGCGCUAUUGUGGCCCCAAAACUCGGUGCUUUCUCUGACCGUUAUGGGCGGACGAGAGUCCUAGUUAUAACGUCUUUAGGUGGUUUCUUGGCGGAGAUCAUCACUAUCCUCGCAGCUACCUACCCAGACAGUAUUCCCUAUCAGUGGAUGCUCGCAGGUUCAAUAUUCGACGGCAUCUGCGGCUCGUUCACAGCUGGUAUGGCCUUAACCCACGCAUAUGCAGCUGAUUGUACCCCGCCUCCGAAACGGAACGUCACUUUUGGAUAUUUCCAUGCGUGUCUCUUCUCCGGCAUAGCAUUCGGCCCAUUAAUAGUAGCAAUCUUUGUCAAAAAGGGCGGGUCCCUAAUAGCAACCUUCUACGUCGCCAUGGGCAUCCACGCCUUCUUCAUGAUCUUCAUCUUCUUCCUGGCCCCCGAAUCUCUCAGCAAGAAGCGCCAAAUGCUAGCCCGGGAGAAGUUUGCCGCAGAAGGUGCAAACAUUGAUUCAGAUGGUUACGGCUGGGUGAGGAGUGCCAAUAUCCUCGCUCCCCUCAAAAUCCUCUGGCCGACAGGCCCAGGCACUUCCAAUCACCUCCGCGCAAACCUGAUAUUGCUCGCAGCGGUCGACACCAUCAUGUUCGCCGUUGGUAUGGGAGCCCUGAGCGUAACAGUAUACUACCUGGGCUUCCAAUUCCACUGGAAAACCCCCGAAACCAGCGCCUUUGUCAGCAUCAUCAACAUCGUACGCGUCUUCGCGCUCAUUUCCGUAUUGCCCCUCCUCAACUACCUAUUCCGCACGCGGCGCGCCAACAAACAGCGGCGAGAAUCUGGGUUCGCGAUCCCGGAGCCGAAUUCGGGGUCUGAUAAUUUAGACCUGAAUAUCGUGCGCGCGAGCGUCGUGUUUGAGAUUAUUGGGUAUGGAAGUUAUGCGAUAGUGAGGAAGGGGAACUUGUUUACUGUAGCGGGGAUCUUUGCGGCGUUUGGGGGCAUUGGGAGUCCGACGCUGCAGAGUGCGCUUACGAAACAUGUUCCACAUGAUAGAAUAGGACAGCUGCUUGGUGCGACGGGCUUGUUGCAUGCGUUGGCACGUGUGGUCGCGCCGACGGUGUUUAACAUUAUCUAUGCGCAGACUGUUGAUACUUUCCCGCAGGAAAUAUUUGUUGUGCUGUUUGGGUGCUUUUGUGUGGCUUUCCUGACGAGUUGGUUUAUUAGACCGCAUGUCUACCUCGAAGAACCCGGCUCUGCAAUAGGAAACUCGGAAAGGACUCGGCUUGAAAACGACCCUGAUAUUCUUGUCGACGAGGAGAUUAUCGGUGCAUGA